AUGGUUGUGCCAGAGUCAAAGGAUGAGCAGAUGUCCCCAGGUGGCUCUGUGGGAAAAAGCCCCGGCCAACAACACAGAUCAAAUCAGUCCAUACCACAACACUCGGCAAGUCCACGACAAUUUAACUCUGAUGAGACCAUUUCACCAGUCAACACCACUCUCGGGACGUACACUGAGACAGACUCUCUGCUCCCAAAUGAACUUUACAGUGGGUCAAGGUUCAGUGAAUCCAUAAAAGCAAAGGAUCCAAAUGGUGACGGUGCACCUGCCGAGACAGUCUGCUCCAUGGUGCUGCAGAUACUGGUGCCAUUUCUGCUGGCUGGACUUGGAACAGUCUCUGCUGGGAUGCUGCUUGAGGUGGUUCAGAGCUGGGACGUGUUCCAGGAAAUCACAGAGAUCUUCAUUCUGGUUCCUGCUGUGUUAGGCAUGAAGGGGAACCUGGAAAUGACUCUGGCCUCCAGACUCUCAACUGCUGUGAAUGCAGGAAAAAUGGAGCUUGCCAGAGAAAAGUGGAUGUUGAUCGUUGGGAAUUUGGCACUCAAGCAGCUACAAGCCACCGUGCUUGGCCUUUUAGCCUCCCUGCUGGCGAUCUUGUUGGGUUGGAUGGCAGAGGGAAAGAUGCCCUAUAAUCACGCAAUUCUUCUCUGUUCAACCAGUGUCUCUACUGCCUUUGUGGCUUCAUUGUUGCAAGGUAUUAUCAUGGUGGGAGUGAUUAUUGGCUCCAAGCGGAUGGGAAUCAACCCUGACAAUGUGGCCACACCCAUGGCAGCCAGCUUUGGUGAUCUCAUCACUCUUGCCUUGCUGGCUGGCUUCAGUCAGUGGUUUUACUCCUUCAUAGACCUGUAUCCCUAUGUGUUAUACCUGGUGGAUCUGUUAUUGUUGUGCCUGGUCCCUCUUUGGGUGGUCAUGUCCUCUAAACACCCAGGUAGUCACAUCCUGCUGUACACAGGUUGGGAACCAAUCAUAACAGCAAUGUUCAUCAGCAGUAUUGGAGGACUUAUUCUGGACAAAACUGUGUCAGAUCCAAACCUGGGAGGAAUUAUAGUUUAUGCUCCAGUCAUAAAUGGUAUUGGAGGAAACCUUGUCUCCAUUCAGUCUAGUCGUAUUUCUACCAAUUUGCAUUUGAACUACUCAACUGGAGAAGUUCCAGAGGACCGUAAGACCUGCUACAACCCUUUUCGCACUUUCUUUGGUUCAGGAGCAAACCAUCGAUCUGCCCAGAUUCUGCUUUUUCUGGUCAUUCCCGGUCAGCUUAUCUUCUUAUACACCAUUCACCUGAUGAAAGGAGGCCACACUUUGCCAAGUCCUCUCUUCAUUGUCGCUUUCUUGUCUGCAUCCCUGAUUCAGGUCCUCUUCCUGCUGUGUACAGCUGACUGUAUGAUCCACUGUCUGUGGCGGAGGGGAAAAGACCCUGACAGUUACUCAAUACCCUACCUCACAGCCCUCGGAGACCUACUGGGGACUGCUCUCCUCUCUCUUGCCUUUUUCCUGCUGUGGUGCAUUGGUGACUCAGGCAGUAUAUAG